UAUUCGGCUGCGGGGUUCUGGGCUGACUAGCUGUUCUUCUGAGGGGUCGGGGUGGGGGAGCGGUAGGGAGCCCCACACCCAUGCCGGGGGCCCAGAAACGGACCCUGGCGCGGUGACCGCUCCUGGGGACGCAGCAGGCGGCACUGAGCAUGGCACUGCUCGUGGUCCUGGGGGGUGAGACGUGGCGCAGCUCCGGUCGCCUGGUCGCAUGUCGUUUCUCUCGAGCGGCAUGUUAUGGGGUGAGGCCGGGCGGAGAGGAGCUGAGUCGCUUGCGACAGGAUGACCUGGCGCCCACCCCGCGGCCGGCUGGCGGACUGGAGCUGCUGUACGGCCUGUCCCCGUGCCUCCUGGCUCUGCAGGCCGGCCGCCGCCGCGUGGCGCGGCUCCUGCUCCAGGCCGGCAAGUCCGGACUGCAGGGGCAGCGAGCGCAGCUGCUUCGGGCCGCCGAGGCCCGGGACAUCCCAGUGCUGCGGCCCAGAAGACAGAAGCUGGACGCCCUGUGCCGCUACCAGGUCCACCAAGGCGUCUGUAUGGAAGUGAGCCGGCUGCGGCCCCGCCCCUGCACUGAGGUCGCUGUGGCGAAGCCAAGUGACGACCCCCAGCAACUGUGGCUCAUCCUCGAGGGGCUUCAGGAUCCCCGGAAUCUUGGGGCUGUGCUGCGCUCUGCUCACUACCUCGGAGUGGAUAAGGUCAUCACUAGCCAGAGAAACAGCUGCCCGCUCACUCCUGUAGUCAGCAAGGCCAGUGCGGGGGCUAUGGAGGUGAUGGACGUGUUCUCCACCGACAACCUGGCCGGUUUAUUACAGGCCAAAGCCCAGCAAGGCUGGCUUGUAGCUGGCACGGUGGGCUCCCUGGACACUGGGGUUUACCACCCCUCUAAGAUCCCCAUCACAAGUUGCUUGGAGUUCCUGUGGGACCGGCCUACUCUCCUGGUGCUGGGGAACGAGGGCUCGGGUCUGUCCCCAGAGGUGCAGGCCUCCUGCCAGCUUCUCCUUACCAUCCUGCCUGGACGGCAGCUGCCCCCUGGAUUCGAGUCCUUGAAUGUUUCUGUGGCUGCAGGAAUUCUUCUUCACUCUAUUUGCAGCCAGAGAAAGGGUUUUCCUGCAGAAGGGAAGAGAGGACAACUUCUCCAAGAAUCCCAAGAGCCCUCAAGGACAUGUGAAAGGCCCAGGGACCCUGGACUGUCUUCCAGUUCAGAAAAAGAGAGGCAAGAUGGGGGCUGACCUGGACUGUGCCAGGUCAUGUGCCAGAGGGCACACAUCCACACGCUGAACGCGCCAGUCUCUUGCUUGAGUGUGAACCCAGGUCCCUGUUUCUUAGCCACUGCCUGGGGUAGAGACCAGGGGAAGUUCAAUCUACUGUUUUAAUUUUGGAGAAGCUGUUAGAGAUGCUAGCGCCUUAAUUUCCAGGAUGUGCUAGGAUAUAGGGCCUCUUUCCCCCAGAAAGUCAAGGGAAGUCUAAAUGUUGUAAGGUAAUCGGGCAGCCCGAUCCAAGGGUCCUGUCCUCUUGAAUCGACGUGAGACGUAGAGGGGGCUGCUGGCCCUUGAGUGGGCCAGGCAGGUGCAAAUCCAUGCUCCAGCCCUGCCCUGCUGCAAGGUCUUCAGUACAAAGCUUCAUCUUUGCAUGUCUCAGGGCCCAUAGGUGUCUGCCUCUCCCUCACAGGCAGUGGCUAGGAUCAAGUAAAACCACCUAGAGUUCAGCGGCAGUCAGCCCUCCUGGCCUUCUGUCCGAGUCUUCCAGUAGAUGGCAGCCUUGCUCUUUGGUCCAGAUGUGGUGCAGCCUCAUUCACAGCUGCAGCCCCUCAAGAGGGAAGGGUAAGAGGAAGGACACCCCCCACAGCCCUCCAGUGCCUCCCACUGGUGACACAAUCAAUCACCUCCUAGGGCAAAAUGUGGAACCAGAGCCCUGGCCUUUGAUUCAAUGAGGUGGUGGGGACAGAGCUGCUGUUUGUUACGCAACCCAGACAGAUUUGGCCCUCCCCAGUGUCCCACAGAUGCAUCAGAAGCCUCCAGUAUAAGUAGUUGAGAGAAGUUUGACUCUCUCUGGUACCACAUGGCAGGAUUUAAAAAACAAACUCUGGGAACCGACUCCCAGAGUGUCUGGCAUAAUCGGUAAGGGCACCACACGGUGUCAGGAAUUUUGAAACCCUCCACUCUCCUUCCCUGAAGGGCCUAAAGUGCAGCCCAGGCUGAGAACCUCUGGAGGGGGUUUCUCAGCCUCAGCCUUGUUGACAUUUUGGGCCAGGUCAUUCUUUGCUGUGAGGGCUGUGCCGUGCAUUUUAGGGUGUUCAGUGCCAUGCCUGGCUUCUAUCCACAGGAUGCCAGAAGUAGCCCUCUUGUCCCUGUGUGGCAACCAAAAAUAUCUCCAGACAUUGCCAAAUGUCCCCUGGGGCACAGAAUCACCUAGUUGAAAACUGCUUUGGAGAGCGUGGGUCGGGAGGACAGACACCCUAAAUGCACAGCCUGGCUGCUGUGUGUCCUGGGCAAGUUCCUUAAUGUCUUGAGUCUCAGGGCCCCUGUCAAGGAGGCAGAGCGACUAUCCUGAGUAGCUGACAGGAUAUCGAGGUGAUUAGCACCCAGUUCCUCACGUAUAGUAGGUACUCAGUAAAAUGCCUCCCUUUUCUGUUGAAUGGGUUGAUCUUGGAAUUUGAACGAUACCAAUUUAAGAAGACAUUUAAAUUUGCUUCAAAAGGGCAUGAGAUUACUUAUUUGGUUUUGUUUGUUGGUCUUUGUG